AUGACCGUUCUUUCACCUUCAUCAGUAAUCGGACAAAUUCGCCAGCUCACUUCGACAAUAGCCAAUCUUUUAGCUCUUGUUCUCUCUUUGGUCUUGCUCUGUCUGUUCAUUUAUAAAUUCUUUCGAUUCAAUACUUUCCAGCGGAAGAAGUUCUCAUCGGAAACAAGCAUCUUCCUUGCAAUUAACACGUUAAUUCUUCUGAUUACACGCAGCAUACUACAAUUUUUCGAAGUUGAUUUAAAUACAAUCAAACAGAAUUAUUUUCCACCACAAGAAUUUCAUGAUUCAUUUUCUUGCCGAUUUCGUGCGUAUAUACUUCUAUCCAUUCACAGUACACUCUACUGGAGUUAUGUUCUAAAAUCCACUUUUCGAUUUACACGAGUUAUUUAUCCAACUUACGUUCGAUUGCAUCAAGUUACAACAUAUGUUUAUAUAUUCAUUCCAAUUCACUACCUGAUAGGGUUUCUUACUACAUUACCAAUUUGGAUUGGCUUUAAAGCUGUUUAUCUACUUCCUAAUGAGCCAUAUUGUACAGCGUCGUAUAAUGAACUUGCUUCAUUGAUUUACAUGCCAAUCGUUGCCUUUAUUUUGCCGUUGUCCAUUAUCUCAAUUUGUUAUAUAUGUAUCGUUGUUCAAAUACGUCGUACAGCUGCAGUUUCAAGCGUUAAUCAGUCGAGAAACCGUCGGGAUUUUGUUGUCAUUCGUCGUAUUAUAAUGAUUAUUACCAUUUUAAAUCCAAAUAUGAAUUCGAUCGGUUGGCUUUCGUCAAGUAUAAAUGCAGUUAUUUUGGCUCUUAGUUUACCGUUGGUUGAUCCAAAAAUGUAUCGAUUGAUCAGUAAAACUGAUGUUGUUCAUACUUGUGCGUAG